UACAAAUAAAAAGUUGGGCAAGAGAAAAAGGCAUAGCAAAAAUGGCGAGAGGAUUUGGGAAAGUGGACACAAAUGCUUCAGUUGAAAAUGACGCAAAUCUUGUCAUAAUCUGAACGUCACUUCCCUCAAUUUCCACAAAACCUAUAAAUAAACAGAUUCCAAAAAUAUAUCAUUAAAAAAAUGAAAUCUUGAUUACUAUAAUCUAACUGGGUCCCUUGAAUUUUGUGCUGAAACACAUUAAUCUCGAGAGGCCCCAGACCAGAAUUUCUAGACAAAAAUCAAAGUCAUAAGAUUUUUUCCGGUCAAUCGGUUUACCUUUCUCGAGCUCUAAAGAUCCAAGCAUAAAACUUUCACCUUUAUUCUUUAAACCCUGCCUAGAAGGUGUUUGUGAAAAGGGUUCUAUGAGAUCUUGUUGUUGUGUUGAUUUUAUUAGGUCAUUUGGAGUAAUUUAGAGUUUAGAUUCUUGAAAACACUCACUCACACACACACAUGGGUUUGGGAAAUUUGAGGUGGUGAUGUUGUAUUCAUGGCUAGAGCAACUGUAAAUAUUGGUGGUGAUGCAAAUAGAAGAGCAAGUUCAGGGAUGCCAAGCUUUAUUUCUCAAGCACCACUUUCCAACACCAUAGGUAAAGAAGCUAAUGCAGCACAGACUUCUGUGCGACCUGAUUUGGGGGGUCUCGAACAGUAUAUUGGAUUUCGCGUUGGAGAUGCCAGUAAUGCCUCCCAUGUUCUGAAUAGCCAAACAAUGAGCCCGGAUCCACGUAAUCAGUCUGGUGCAUUCGAUAUGUAUGUACAGUCUAGUGCUUCGACAAAUGCAAACUUCUCCCGGGAUUUUCGAUCCGGGGCAGGACAAGUGCAGAAGGGCUUGCAGCAAAAUCUAGUAUCUGCAACCGGUGCUCAAGAUGAAAACUGGAGAGAAUCCAACAUGGCAGAUUCGAGUUCGCACACAGAAACCUCAACGGAUAUGGACCCGGAUGAUAAAAAUUACAAGUUUGAAAUAGGUCAAUCCACGGCUGUUGGAGCCUCUGAUUCCGGUGACAGAUCGAAGACAUUACGGAGGCUUGCUCAGAAUCGAGAAGCUGCAAGGAAAAGCAGACUGAGGAAGAAAGCCUACGUGCAGCAGCUGGAGAAUAGCCGUCUGAAGCUGACUCAACUGGAGCAGGAGGUGCAGCAGGCACGCCAGCAGGGCGUGAUCGUUUCAAGCAAUGGAGAUCAAUCCAAUGCCGGAACUGGCAACGGGGCCUUAGCUUUUGAUAUGGAAUAUACAAGGUGGGUGGAAGAGCAGAACAGAAGGAUAAACGAGCUGAGGGCGGCCGUUAACUCACACGUGAGCGAUGCAGAGCUCGUUACGAUCGUGGAGAACACUGCGACACACUUCAACGAGAUCUUCACGCUGAAAGGCAACGCAGCCAAGGCGGAGGUGUUUCACAUCUUAUCAGGAAUGUGGAAGACUCCAGCGGAGAGGUGUUUUCUGUGGAUUGGUGGUUUUCGGCCGUCGGAACUUCUGAAGAUUCUGGUGAGCCAGCUUGAGCCUCUAACGGAGCAGCAGCUGACGGGGAUCUGUAACCUGCAGCAGUCGUCAAACCAGGCAGAAGACGCACUCUCACAGGGUAUGGAGGCAUUGCAGCAGUCUCUAGCGGAGACGUUGGCCAGUGGUUCGAGUGCGAAUGUGGCGAAUUAUAUGGGUCAGAUGGCGAUGGCGAUGGGGAAACUAGGCACUCUUGAAGGUUUUCUACAACAGGCGGACAACUUGAGACAACAAACUCUACAACAGAUGCAUCGCACGCUGACGACGCGACAGUCGGCUCGUGCUCUUCUGUUGAUACACGACUACUUCUCGAGGCUUCGAGCCCUUAGCUCUCUGUGGCUUGCAAGGCCCAAAGAAGGCUAAAUUGAUACAUAUAUAUCAAUCAUGAUUGUGCAAUGCAAUUGGUGAAGGUUAGAUAUAAAUUUGUAAUUUAUUGAAAAUUGGGACAUAAAGUGUUGCUUACCCCCGAAAGGAGGAACAUGUAGCUUAGAAUAGGAGCAAUACUCAUAGGGAGAUGAUGAUUGAUCAUACAACUCAAUCAAAUGAAGUUACUUAGCAUCUUCAA